GAGAGAGAGAGAGCAGCUGUGUGACAGAGAGAAAGAGAACGAGGCAGGCUGCUUAGAGGAGUGAGAGAGCCAAGGAAGAAAUAAGGAACACAUUUUACAAGAGCAGAAAGAGGGAGGAUCGCAGCCGAGGGACUCCUUCUCCACUGGACACCCAGGACACAGUCACUGUGGGGUUUUUUUUUCACUCAUCUACUAGCUGGAACUCAGUGGAUUGACUAACCAACCAGUGGAUUUUUUUGUUUGUUUUUAAUAUACUCUUGUGCCACAUCGUUCAGAACCUGGGAUCUCUGCUGUCUGUCUGUCUGUCUGUCCUCCGGCUGGCUCUACCGCUACAGACUGAGAUUGCUUUCUGUGUCUGCGCUCAGCUCUCGUGUUGUGAUUCUGCCUCCCCCCCUUUCGCUCAAAGUGCAUCUGUCGGCAACCGGCGGCGCUGAGGAUAUCUCCCCCUCUGUCAGACAGGACAGCCAUCGUCGAAUCAGGCUCCAGAGGCGAGAGGAGAAAGUGUGUGUGCAUGUAAGAGAGGGAAACGAGAGCGAGGGGCAGCGAGAGAGAGUCAGAUUCACAGUGUGUCUGAGAGAGAGGCAGAUUAAAGCCCAGGCGAAAGACUGGAGAGGAACAGCUUAAACAGAGAAGUGAACCUAUACGUCCUCUCCCGUUUUCCUCACCAUUCCUUUCCUCUUCCUCUCCUCUUCUCCUCUUCCUCUCCCAUUUUCCAACAUUCAUAGGACUGCCAGAGCUACUGCCACCUGCACCUCCUCGCGUCUUCUCUCUCCUCCUCUUCUUCCUCUACCUCACCCUUAUCACUAUCCGAUAGCGGUCUCGGUUCGAGCACUUGUGGAAAUAUUUCCGUUGAACCGGCAGUGAGAGACUGAGCGAGCAUCCGCCUGAUCCCGAGUCUCUGGACACAGUGAGGCACAGUUUGCCAGGAGCUUCCCCGUCAGAGGCGGACCUUCUCCCAGCCACUGUCCACCACGCAGCAGACCCUGCCUUCUCCCUGGAGGACCAGCUUGCGACACAGUGGUGCGGACAGCGAAGACAGGAAUUGCACAGUCCCCCUCCGUUGCCUCUAUCCCAUUGCUAGCUACUUGGCAGCUCCCGCCCCCGUGUCACCAUUCCCUGCCUCAGUGCUAAGGAUUCCAGCUACAUGGGCAAGCGAUUGGAGCAGCAGCCAAUGUACCCUCAGUACACCUACUACUACCCCCACUAUCUCCAGACCAAGCAGCCCUAUGCUCCACCCCCUCAUCCCAUGGCUCCUCCCAGCCCCAGCACCAACAGCUGCAGCCAGGGAGGGGCGGAGCAGCUGAGUAAGACCAACCUGUAUAUUCGAGGCCUGCCACCUGGGACCACCGACCAGGAUCUCAUCAAACUCUGCCAACCGUAUGGAAAAAUAGUGUCAACCAAGGCCAUUCUGGAUAAGAACACUAACCAGUGCAAAGGUUAUGGCUUUGUGGAUUUUGACAGCCCAGCUGCAGCACAGAAGGCCGUGUCGUCUCUCAAAGCCACCGGAGUGCAGGCCCAAAUGGCCAAGCAACAAGAGCAGGACCCCACCAACCUGUACAUCUCCAACCUGCCAGUGUCUAUGGACGAGCAGGAGCUGGAGAACAUGCUGAAGCCUCUGGGUCACGUCAUCUCCACGAGGAUACUGAGGGAUGCCAACGGGGUCAGCAGAGGAGUCGGCUUCGCCAGGAUGGAGUCUACAGAGAAGUGUGAAGUAGUGAUACAGCAUUUCAACGGGAAAUACCUGAAAACCCCGCCAGGCAUUCCAGCUCCCACGGAGCCUUUGCUGUGCAAAUUUGCCGACGGAGGGCAAAAGAAACGCCAAAGCCAGAGCAAGUACCCUCAGAACGGGAGGCCGUGGCACAGAGAAGGCGAGACUGGCAUGGCGUUAACAUACGAUCCUGCUGCAAUGCAGAAUGGGUUCUACUCCUCGCCUUAUAGCAUCGCCACCAACCGCAUGAUCGCACAGACCUCCAUCACGCCCUUCAUCGCUGCUUCCCCCGUUUCCACAUAUCAGGUCCAGAGUACGUCAUGGAUGCCUCAUCAACAAUAUGUUAUGCAACCUACAGGUGCAGUGAUCACGCCAGCCAUGGACCACACUAUGUCCAUGCAGCCUGCCAGCAUGAUGGGGCCUCUCACCCAGCAGAUGAACCAUCUGUCCCUGGGCACUACAGGAAGUUACAUGACUGCUGCAGCCGCCGCGGCGCCUAUGCAAGGGACCUACAUUCCCCAGUACACUCCUGUGCCUCCAACAGCCGUCCCUGUCGAAGGAGUGGUGACAGACGCCUCACCCCAGACAGUGGCUCCUUCAUCACAGGAGGUGGCUGGCCAGCAGCAACAGAUCCAGGUGGACAGUGCUGCCGACCAUGUUCCUGCUUACUCAUACCAGUCCAAAUAGCAACGGCCUGAGCGAAUGUUCCUGUGACAGCGUUGCCUUGAGACAGAAGGUGGCUGCACUGUGAAUGUGAGGAAAAGAGAAAAGAAAGAGAUUGCUUCCAGAUUGCCCAGGCACCAAAAAAGAGACACUUUUUUCAUUUCCUACCUGGCCUACGAGAAAAAAAAGAAAAGAAAAAAAAAUGGAGAAGAAGGAGGCGAGGAGUGCUGAGGAGAGGGGAUGAAUGGGGAAAUUGCUGGGCACAGUGCAAAGAAGUGAAAUUGUUUAGUCUGGGAACCUGCCUGAAGGGCUGGGCUGAAGCUUGAAAAGUUUCUCAAAGAAAAUUCUCAACCAAUGUCAAAAAAAAAAAAAAAAAAAAACAGAAAAAAAUGAAAAAAUAAAACAAAAACACAAACAAAACAAAACAAAAAAAGGUUGAAUGCGCAGGUAGGUGAUGAAGUUUAUUUUGUAAUUAGAAAAAGGGGAGUCAAGUUUGAGAUACACACAGAGAUUGUCUUCCUCAGAUAUUAAGCUACAAGUUCUUUUCAGUCUUUUUUAUGUUCUAGUGUUAAAUCUUAGUUUUCUAGAUAUAUUCGAAAACAAAGUGUUUUUUUUUUUCUUUCUUUCUUUCUUGAAUCUUCAUGGCCUUAAUUUGAAGGGCGCCAGAAACUUUUUACAGAGUUAAAGUCUGACGUCUGGUUGGGGGGUGAACAAAAAAAAAAAAGCAAACAAAAUCAGUGUCUUGGACCACGUGGAGGGUACAAGACACUGGAGAGGUUGUUCUAAAGAGGAAAAAAAGAAUCUAUCACAUAAGCUGUACAGAUUUAAUAGAGAAGAGCUUUUUUCUUUUCUUCAUUAGAAGAAAACUUUGAUAAUUAUUAUGUCAGAGGUAACUAAGUGUCAGAAGAAAACAAAAUGUCUGUUUGGGGAAAAUAAAAAAGACUCGCGGGGGGGAAAGACGAAGCUUUGAAGAGAUUUUUCACAAUGAGGAGGAAAAAAAAAAGAGAAACCAUACGAGAACAUGCUGCACUGUGGAUGCAGUCUGUUGCAAAAUGCUGAACUUGUUUUUUAUUAUCAUUAUUAUUUUACAUGGCAAAGUUGCUGUCGAUGACAUUAGUGCUUUUUAUCUGCCACAUUUUACCUUUUUUAUGAGCUUUAAGAUGUUUUUAGCCCGCUUUGCUUGUCACACUGCGAAAAGAAGAAGAAAAAAAAAAAGAUGAAAAAAAUUAUAAAAUGAACUAAAAAAAA